AUAUGUCUGCCAAAGUUUCUUUACUGUAUUGAAAAUACCCACAAUUCCUACGCUUUGCCCUUAGCUAGCAUGGCGGGGAUGAGCCUCUUGCGGUCGGCGGUGGCACUUGCCAACCGAUUAGGCUCGGGAAAUCGCAGUUAUCUCGGUGGCAGUGUGUUACUAAGGAGUUUACAGCAGCCCGGGAAUGUUCCAGUGCGAUUUGGAAGCCAUGGAAAGAAGAUGUUUGUUAUCAAGCCAGCACAUUAUUAUGACCAGAGAUUUCUGCGUUUGUUGCAAUACUACAUUUUAUUGACUGCGGUUCCUGCUGCUGCAUUUAUGACCUUCAUCAAUAUUUUUGUUGGUGAAGCAGAGCUUGCAGAAAUUCCUGAAGGCUAUGUUCCAGAACACUGGGAAUACUACAAGCAUCCAAUCACCCGGUGGCUCGCUCGGAAUGUGUUUGAGUCUCCUGAAAAAGAGUAUGAAAAAAUGAUGGCUGUAAUUGACAUUGAAGCUGAGAAAGCUGAUCUCAGGUUAAAACAAUUGGAAGCACGUCGUCUCAUGCGACAUAGAGGAGAUGGUCCAUGGUAUUAUUAUGAAACGCUAGAUAAGAACCUCAUUGAUUAUUCACAUAAGGCAAAUCCUGAUGAUUAGAGACAUUUGAACAUGUUCUGAAUUUUUCCUUACCACAAUAAAUUAUGACAUGCUUGUGGGCUUUAUGUUUCAAAUAAACUUUAUUUCAAUAAUAUGUAUUGGUCAUUGCCAGAUUGUAAUUUAAGCAACAUCUUGAAAGUAAGUACGACUGAUAAACCAUGUUUAUACAUGGUUAAAUAAAUAAACAUUUAUUUACAGCG